UGAGAUUUUUAGACAUUUCAGUCUCUUAUAGACGAGAACUCAAAAUUGUGAGAGCGCCCAUCUCUGGCAAUAAUAAUCGAUUGACAAUUGAAACUAUCGAUAGUUAUGAAGGUAGUGAAAAUCAUAUGGGCCGCAGUUUAAUGACUUGUUAAAGAUAGACAGAAGCAAAAAGCAUAAAAUACUGCCAAAAAUGUUUCCAAAAAUGAGCUAUUUGAUAAUCGUUUUGCUCAGCUUGUUGGCCAGUGGAAGAAGCUUCUUGGAGCAUGAUAGCUGGAUAACGAUUGAUUUGCACCAUUCCCUGUCGGCAUCCAGGCCGGAGCACUUUUCACAUCGGGGCAAUAUCUCCAUACCAAGUCUGAACUCGGGCCUGUCGACCGUGGUGCAAAAUCCAUUAACGGAUAGUGAACUAGAAAGCGUUAAGAUCCUGGCCAAAGAAAAUGGUUUCUAUCGCUUAAGGGCAACGGUCAUUUAUCCCAAUGGCAGUAGCCAGCGUUUUUUGACAUCCAGCAAAGCUUGCAGCCUGCUGUUGGCUCAAUUCAAUGAUGUGCUCUGGAUAUCCCUCGAUCCCAACGGCUACGUAACGGGUAUCACUGCUGCGCAGGAUCCGGCACCCCAGAACACCGAAUGUUCAGCCGAAGAUGUGCAGCAAAUCAAUGAGAAAAAUUUCAGCUCUGAUGUUAUAAUUCGACAUGCUGAACUGGCACCGGUGCCCGACACUGGCAGCUUUAUACAGAAAUUCGAACGUGAGCGUGAGGCCAGGGAGCGCGGCGAGGUGCGUGAUAAUAGAGGCUUCUUUGCCAAAUACUGGAUGUACAUUGUGCCUGUUGUUCUAUUGGUCUUCAUUUCUGGUGCAACAAAUCAGGAUGCGGACAAAUAAGCAUUUAUAUGUAAAUUAGUAAAAGUCUUAGAUUUUCGUUUAAUUGGAAAUAAAGAAAAACACAAAAGUUUUCUACUCAAUUCGAA